UGUUAUUAUGAGACUUCCAGUUUGCUUGAAACACGUGUAUAUUCACAACCCAUGGAUAGUCAGAAGAAAAUCAAGAAAGUUAUCAAAUUUGUCGCAAAAAAUGUCAAGGAUAUCAAAAAUGUGUCAAGGAAAGAUUUAGGUUCAGCAUUUCGAUCAGCAAUAAACAACCUACCAAAUGGUAAAGUCAGAGAAGAAAUUGAAUCCCAGUUUGAGAGUUAUCUGAGUGAGCUACAGAGAAGAGUGUCAAAAGCACAAAGGAAAGAUGUUGAUGGUAAAACCAGCAAAAUUUACCACAUCCUGAAAACAGAUGAAACGUGGAAGCCACCAAAGGGAAUGUCAAGUGAUGAAGAAAAUAAAAUAAGAAGUUGCGUCAUCAGUCAGAAGUUAAGAAAAGGGCUGGAUAUUAAAGAUGAUGUAUCAUUAUUGCAGACCCAUCAAGAUGACAAAAAAGUACUAAUGAAGCUAGGCUGCACUUCCAUUAUGCUUCAAAGCCUGAAAAACAUUAUGAAUGUUUACAUGAGAGAUUGCCAAGCAGAUGUGGAAAGAGCCUUGCAAACAAAAAAUGUUCCAAGAAUUCAACAGUUGGCUGAUUUCAUGGAGGAAUGUUUAAGAUGGUUUGGCAUGAAAUACAGGGACAUUUCGGAAAAGAAGGAGAAAUCCCUACCAACAUAUGGAGAUAUUAUGGCGUGUUUUUGUUCUAUGUAUAUGGACAUGAGAACAGUACUAUCAAGGAAUUUACAAAAGAAGGAGAGGAAAAAGAUUGCAAGAAAGCUGUGUGGAUUUGUGAGUUUUCUUGUUCCUGAUGAGUCCAAAGUGGACGUUUUAAUGCAGUUGACGGAAUUUACUUCUCAAGAUGAAAAAUUCAUACACCCAUUUUUACAAAAAUAUUUAAAGGACCCAAAAAUUGAGGGAGACUGUACGAUGUACCUCAAACAUAUUCUCUGUAUUGUUCUUCUAAGUAAAAAAUUGCCUGAUGUCAUGCAGGAAUACAAACAGGCUGCUCAAAGAACACCAGCUCCAAGUGAGUUCAUGUCCUGGAUCUCUGCACAGAACCCAACUUUAAUGGAUUCCAUACCAACUGACAGGAAGUUUGUUGGCGGUCACAUCACCAAGUUUCUAUUGGAGGAUUUAGAUGAUGAUCUUUUAGAGCAAUUUUUAGAUGUGUUAAGCAUUGGAGGCGAUGAAGAGGCAGGCAUUUCUGAGGAAAUUCCAGAUGUAGUGCUGGAAGAAGAACCUGAGACCAAGAAUGAGCCCAGUAGUUCUUCCCUACCUGUCGAUUUCUUCUUCAUUGAUAAAGGGAAACCAAAGGCAGAUCCUGUUGAGGUUGAAGAAGGUGAGGAAAAGUUGGAGGAGGAGAUUUCAGAGGUUGACUCUGGCAAGGGUUCAAAUUCUCCAGUGAUGCUUUCUGAUAGUGAGGAAGCUGAACCUGCCAUAAUCUUGGAAGAUGCCCUGGAUGAAAUAAGUAAUGUUCUCCAGAAUGCUGCUAAAAUGGAGGAAUCAAAGCAUGAGAGUGAAAGUGAAAAAGAGGAUGAAGAUGUAGAGAUAUUGGAAACAGUGAUAAAGAAGAACACUUCUCUAGACAGUGGUGAGAGUGAAAUUUUCAAAGGAACAAACAAAAUGGAUGAUGAUGUUGAGCUUCAUCCAGGUUCUUCAGGUAAACUGCCAGAAACAGAGAAAACAAAGACCAGAAUAGAGGUUGAGGUACAUGUAGCUGAUGUUAAAGAAUCAGAAAAUGUUGAGUCAACAUCAAAACGUCCAGCUGCAUCUCUAAGAACUACUUCAAAAAGAACAUCAUCAGUAAGCUCUCAAAGUUCAAAGGCAGACAAGAUGAAAAAGAAUGAACCAAUCAUAGGGUCAGAAAUUGAGGCUAAUAAUUCUGAGUUUGAUAAAUCUAAAUUACCAUUAGAGUUCAUUCAGUCCAAAGAAGAUAAGGGGAAAAAGAGGAAAGGGGUCAGAGAGAAAGGUGAUGUAGAAUCUGAUGAGAAUGAUCAAUCCAAAGGAAACAGAAAGAGGAAAGUGAUCAAAGAGAAAGAUGAUGUUGGGUCUAAUGAGAAGGAUAUGGCAGCCGACAGCAUGGUGUCUGAUUCCUGUGAAUCUGAUGAUGAUGACGAUUUUAACGUUCCAAACAUUGUGACAGAUGAUAAAUCUAGAAGCAUAUCAAAAGUCAGAAGUGAUGAGAAAGCAGAAGACUUUAUAUCACCAAUUAUUCAAAAUAUUAGGGUUAAGCCUAUUAAGAAGGGCCCUAGGAAAAGGAUUCUGGUAGAAAAGGAUGCUCCUAAAAGUGACACUGAACCAGAGAGUGGGGAGGUUUUCACUUCAAUAAUAUCCCCACAGAAAAAGUCUAAGAAUACUGAAGAAGAAGAGAAGAAGGAACUUCCUACCAAGGAAGAGGCAGCUGAUCACAUGACUAGAAGGAGGUCAAGAAGGAAAACUACUUCAGAUCUCCCAUUACACAGCAAGCUGAAAGACACCAAGGCAAAUGCUAAGAGGAAAUCUUUAGUGCCAGGCGUGGAUUGUACACCUGAAAAGAAUUCAAAGAUAACCGAGUACUUUUUGAGAACGCCAAUUAGAACUAGGGGAAGGGUGAUUUACAAAGAUGAAGAAAAUGAAGAGACAAAUUCCGAAGCAACUAAAGAGAGCAAAUUGAGAGCUGGAGAAAGUGAAAAGAACAAGGACACUGAAGAAGAGAACACAUUAGGAAAAGUGAGAACCAGGAGACAAUCAGGGAAAGAAGAUACCUCAAAUGAUUCAAAACAAAGAAAAAAGGAAAGUAAGAAAGCUACGAAGGGUGAAAAAAUUGAAGAAGAGAACACUGUAGAAAAAGUGAGAACCAGGAGACAAUCAGGGAAAGAAGAUACCUCAAAUGAUUCAAAUCAAAGAAAAAAGGAAAGUAAAAAAGCUAUGGAGGGUGAAAAAAUUGAAGAAGAGAACACUAUAGGAAAAGUGAGAUCAGUAAAAACCAGGAGACAAUCAGAGAAAGAAGAUACUACUUCUACAAAGGAUUCAAAACAAGGAAAAAAGGACAAUGAAAAAGCUACAGAGAGGAAAACUAGUGAGACGAAGCCAACACCUAAAAAGGCUCCACAGAUACGCAGGAGAAUAUUACGUAGCAGUAUGAUAUUUAAGGGUGAUCAAAUGGAAAUCGCAGAGACUCCAUCUUCUAGUAAUGACAGUGCUUCACUAGAAUCCCCAGAGAAAGCUACCUGAUCAUCAAAGAGAAUUUAUUGCCGGUUUAAGAUUGAAGGGUUUUACUUCUAUCAAAUCACUAUACAGUGUUUGCAUGUCAGUAUUCAUUACUAAAGUUGACCAUCAAUUUUGACAAAGAUGUCCUAAAAAUGCAUGGCUUUUUAUUAAAAAAAAUGAAUUGAAAGUUAUUAUAUUGCCAUUUUUUGGUGCUAACCUGGUCAAAUUUUUUAAUUUCAAAAUGAGGCCAUCUGUAAAAAAAAAUUGUUUGUUUGCCCUCUCCUGACGGGCUGGCUAAAAUGGCUUGACUGUGAUUUUUUUUUUAAAAACUCUAGGAUGCAAUCAUUUUUCUUAUUCAUUCCAAAAUAUUCAAUCAACUAUUUUAGUUUUAUUAAUACCAUCAAUUUCAUUGAGUUUUGAAAAUUAAGCAUUGAUGUUGAACAUUUCAGAAAAAAAAUUCCCUACCUACAAACUGACCCAAUCUUUUAUCCCCU